UUGUAGUGUCGGUCGGGCGCCGGGGACGGUCGCACGGAUCCAGAAUCGAUCGGGGGAUGGAAAGGGUGAAUCGGGAUAGUCGAGAGUCCUGCGAUAUCCUGCCGCGCCCGAUUCAAUUGAGCGCUUCCUUCCUGUCGCCCGUUUUACCUUUCUGUCCCUUGUUCCAGGUGGAGAGAGGGAUGAAGAGAGCGGGCCGAAUCUGACGCAAUUGUGCACCUUCGCUUUCGAACCAUAAAUUUGACAAUCACGUGGCGAGUGUAAAUAAACGGGAAUAAACAGUGCGCAGAGCCGGCCUCUUUUCAAAUGAUAAUCGCGGAAAAGUGGAGUGAUGACUGUGGAAAUACGGAAGACGGCGGAAAAAGGCUGUGACGUUCCAAAUGGUAGUCGUGCUGGUGUGGGCGGCGCUGUGCUUGGGCUUCGCGGAAGCGUACAUAGAAACCAUCGUCGUCAGCGGCUGUGAGAGCUCCCGACUUCACCUCACCUGCAGACACCUCAACUCCAUCAUCGCCAUCCUCGAGGCAGACUUCUUUCAAGAGUUCAAUGAAAGCGCCCUUAAUGAGAGUCUGGCGAUAAGCACGGCCUUUCCGCCUUAUCACCCGCGGCAGGCUCUGAACCAGAGGUGCUCGGGGGUGAAUCACUGCAGCUUCAUUCUGGAGGAGGACUGUCCGGGGGCGAGGGCGUGGGGGCCGGGGAACUUGACGGUGAAGUACAUUUGUGUCUCAGAAGACCACAUCCACAAGUUCUGCAACAGCGAAAUCCUGCUCUCCGACACGGGCGAUCCUUUACUAUCGCAGGGAUUUAUCCACAAUCCGGGUUAUCCCCGGUUCUAUUCCAGCCAGCGGGAAUGCCGCUGGAAGAUAAGGGUGCCGCAACAACAAAGGAUCAAGUUCACCGUGUUGGACAUUGCGGUGACCGCCGACAGAACCGUUCAUCCGGACGAAUGCACCGACCAGCUCGAGUUUAUCGAUUCGGGGCAGGUCGUGGAGGCGACGUGCAGGCCUCAGGAGCCGCCGUUGGAGGUGCUGUCGGAUGGUGAAUUCAUGGAGGUCGUGCUAGUGUCGAGGCACUCGCUGACGCCCCGCAGGGGGAUUCUAGUACAUUAUACUGCCGUGGGAUGCCCCACCCCUGAAGCCCCGGAAGACGGGUACUUGGUUUACCGGAACGAGACGGCGGCGGAGUAUAGCUGUUGCGUGAACAGGGUAUUCGAGGAUGACGGGAGGAAGACGAAGGUCGUACAGUGCCUGGGAGCGCGCUGGGACAUCGACCUCCCGCUCCCGAACUGUACCAGGAAAUCGCAACAUAAGCCACUACUGCCUGUUGAAGAAAUCAGACAACCCCCAGAAGUGGAAAUGGCUUCUGAUAUUUUAGCACCGGCCUUAUUAAUAGCGGCUUUAUUUUUGAUAAAUUUUAUAGUCCUAUUUUAUAUUUAUAAAAUUAAGCAGAAGCACGCGAUAGAAUUUGCCGAUGAAGAACUAGGGACGUUACCGCUGUCAAAUAACGAGAAGACCUCGCCUUGAACAACUUGUAAAAAUAACACUUUUUAAUAAAAUUUUAUUUAAAAAAAAAAAGAGUUUAAACGGCA